UUAACACGUGGUUCAGAUGAGUGAAUGUGUUUGGUAUGUUUUUAAGAAACGAAGCGUGUUUGUUGAUUUUUUCUCUCCGUUUAUUUAAUGUAUUUGUUAUUAACGAGGUAAAAUAAUGAGUUGUGCUUGUAAAGGAAUAAGAGUUUGCCUCAUUUGCGAAAAAGAGAAGAAAGAAUUACACAGACCUGGCACAGAUUCUGAAAAUGUUGAAUACGCAUAUUGUUAUCUCUGUAAUCGUGCCUGGAAAAAUGAAAAUCCGUACGAAAUUGCUCAGAAUCAUCCGAAUCACUCGGGAGAAGAGUCUUUAACUGUAGAUGGAAUAAUGUUGAUACCCGAUUUCGUAACGGAAGCGGAAGAACAAAAUGUGACGAAAGAGAUCGAUAAUAUUCCUUGGAUUCCUUCUCAGUCUGGAAGGCGAAAGCAGGAUUUCGGGCCCAAAGUUAACUUUAAGAAAAAGAAAGUGAAAAUAGGAAAUUUCCAAGGUUUCCCUCAUUUCGUUUCGUUUUUAGCGAAACGUUUCGAAGAAAUCCCGUUACUACGCGACUUCGUACCGGUAGAACUGUGCAACUUAGAAUACGUUCCGGAAAGAGGAUCGUCCAUCGAUCGUCAUCUCGACGACUCGUGGUUGUGGGGAGAACGACUAGUCACCAUUAAUUUGCUUUCGAACACCGUCAUGACGUUGUCUCCCGUCUCGGAAUCUCCUCCGUGUUCCUCCAUUUUCGUUCCUCUGUAUCGACGUUCCCUUCUGGUGUUGCACGCGGAGGCUCGUAUCCGUUGGUAUCACGCCAUACACCGAAAACACGUGGAUUCUCGCCGAUUGGCCAUGACUUUCAGAGAACUUUCCAAAGAAUUUCUACCCGGAGGAGAGGAAGAAGAAAUGGGCAAACUCUUAUUAUCUUGCGCUAUUUAUAAAAAUACGGAUUUCUAUCGAAUCUCGUAAUUCCUCCGCAGUUUUAUUUUUCGACAAUACUUUUAAUUCGUUUCUAAGCUUUUGUAAAUAUGUAUUUAUUUUUACAACUGUAAACUGAGGACGUGUGUAUAAUCUUUGUAUAUUUUCGCCACCGUUUUUGGUAUGUGAAUUUUUUAAUAUACAGGCAGUCCGGAACAGUCAGACAUAAUAAAAUACUUCCGGAGCUAAGACGACAAUUUAAAAUCAAUAGGCAAAAUGCCCGAAUUGACGAACGAAAACGUAUUUAUUAAGGGUAUGAAGCAUAUAAGGAAUGGGAGUUGUCCGAAAGUCUAGAACUGCUUGUAACGCGAUUUUAAAAUCUGCUUAUACAUAGUUUUAAAAAGUUUGCUUCUAUAAUUAUUACGCAUUAAUAUAACGCCAUUUAGAAGAACUUAUCAAUAAAAAUGUUAUAAGAUUUGCUGUUUUUCUUCCCUUUCCUGUUCCUAAUUGAUGAGGAAAUCUUACCUUUGAAGAGGCAAUCUUUGUCUCCAAGUACUGCGAAAAAAUUCUUCUGUACAACAAAUAUUUAAUAUUCUUUGAAUUCAGGUAUUUUUGCUUUUAUCUUAGGCACCAAAACAAUACUCUGCAAGGAUUAGAAUAUAAUAAGCAUUUUUGGUUUUAUUGCUUUUCUCUCUACCACCACAAUUCCCAUUUUCUUAAGCAGCAGGUUUUGUGACGUUUGAAUCGUGAAUUAAUUAAUUAGAGCUGCUGCCAGUGCCAUGUUUUGUAAGUUGGAAAAUUCAUCUUCCAUGCACUUACAAUGAAUGACUUUUAUAACUGAAAAUGCACUUUUGUUUCUUUUAUACAUUUAAAAUCAAGUUGUUUUUCUAUUUUUCAGGAUAUUUAUUUGCUUCUCUAAUGAGACUUAAAUGAUUUGCACAUGAUAUUUGCAUGGAUAAAGUGGUCUGAUUAUCAAUUCUUUUAUUUAUUGUCUCCAGAAUUCCAUCUCACCAAUAAAAUAAACAUGUAAAUAUUUUUACAAAUUUCUUUUCUGGAAAAUGCUAUAAUUUAAAACAUAUUCAACUUUAUAAAAAGAUAAACUAUCCUUCCCUUAUCAAUCCUUCACCAAAGUGUUUCAUGUAUUGCUUUAACAGUAACUUGAGGAAACAACACAAGUACAGAAAUUAUCUGCAAACAGACCAAGUAUAAUGCUUGUCGCAAUAAAUUUCUGAAGGUUUAACGUAAUAAAACCAUACAAUAAAGAAGUAAAAAUAUCAUACAUCUAAUCCUUGAUUAUUAAUUAAUGUAAUUUUUUAAAAAUAAUACAAUAACUAAAGAAAAUGGUCAAACGACACAAGUUUUUUUAUAAAGUAACAAA